AUGCUAACAUUUCUACCAGCCUGCUACCUUACUUUAGCAAUAUUUGUUGUUAAAUAUAAGAAAACAUGUGACCCACAGAAAUUGACAUUAAGUCAGAUGUUUGACAUGGCAGGCACAGGUUAUGACGGUCCACACCUUCAAUGUGUUGACGACAAUGAUGCGCUCAUAUUCCGUGAUGGCAACUUGGUUUGUGGCUCUCUUGAAGCUCUUGUACAACAUCUUCUGCCCACAAGAGACUACUACCCAGAUCGGACAUAUGUGUUUGCCUUCCUCCUUGGUUCCAGGCUUUUUACCAAUCCCCAGGAUCUCUUCUCCCAGAUCUGUCAGAUAUGCAUUUGUCAGCAAAACCUUGGGCAUGACAGAGUUAAAAAGGAAUCUCUCGGCCGCUUUGGACCAAACUUUGUCAGGCUACUAAGUCAUUGGACAGAUUUAUAUCCACACGAUUUCCUUGAUGAACGAAUGCAGAAGACUUUAAAAGACAUUUCCCAGAGAAUCGUCGCCGUUUAUCCAGAACUGCGUAAAGAAGUAGCUAAUAUUAUGCAGAAUCUUUACAACGAAUUAAAUGGAUUAAAAGUUUUUGAUGAAUACAUGUCAAAGGUGAAUGCAGAAUCUUUACAGAAAUCCCAAAACCAAAUGGUUCCAACAACCGACAUUAUAGACGUUUGUCCUGACCCAUUAACAUUGGCGCAACAACUGACUAACAUUGAAUUGGAUCGUUUUUCCCAUAUCGGAGCUGAAGAGUUUGUUUGUGCAUGUGUUAAAGAUAGUAUCAAUGGUAACUGUACUGGCACCAGCCCCACUUCCCAUUUGGAAACCUACAUACAAUGGUUCAAUCGACUGAGCUAUUUUGUGGCCACAGAAAUUUGUUCGCAUCUGAAGAAGAAGAAACGUGUUUGUAUGAUUGAUUACUUUAUUGAUGUGGCAAAAGAAUGCAUCAAUAUCGGUAAUUUUAAUUCCCUCGUAGCAAUUAUUGCUGGAAUGAACAUGAGUCCUGUUGCAAGACUGAAGAAAACGUGGGCAAAAAUUAAUAAAGACAAAUUCUCCAUAUUAGAGCACCAGAUGGACCCAACGAACAACUUCAGCAGUUACCGUUUGUGUUUGAAAGCAGCAAAGUGGCGUUCUGAAGGGGCUGUAGAUGACAGAGAAAGGGUGAUUGUACCAUUCUUCAGUCUGUUUGUAAAAGAUAUUUAUUUCUUGAACGAAGGAUUUUCCAAUCGAAUGCCAAAUGGAAACAUAAAUUUUGAGAAAUUCUGGUUAUUGGCGAAAAGAUUGUCUGAAUUUGUUUCAUGGCAGAAAAUUGAGUGUCCAUAUGCAAAGAAAACCGAUAUCCUUAGUUAUGUUCUUACCACCCCAAUCUACUCUGAAUCAGCUCUUCUUUUGGCAUCAUUUGAAUGUGAAGGACCAGAAGCGAGUCAUGAAAAAGAGAAAUACAAGCAAUUGGCAGACAAAGGAAGACACAAACAGAUGAAAAUGCAGUCAUAAUCGAGAUUUGUACAGUAUUAAUAGAGUAAAUAAGGAAUUACUAGUUCCUUCUGUGGAACCGAAAUGGUUUAUCAGAGACAGUUCACUGAUGAUAACUAGAGAUGGUGGAGAAAGCCCUUACAGAGAGUUUAGCAUGACCAAAAACCUUUUGCAUUUUUUUCACUGUUAAACCAGAGCUUUUGUUUGUGCAAGUGUUGUAACUGCAAGAAGCUUGUCAGAAAGGGUCCAAACUUUUUUUUUUUUUUAUUCACACAGCAUAUGAAAUUCUAGAUUCAAUUACAUAAAACCACGAAGAUCACCUAAAUGGAUCUUCAAAAAAAAAACAUAAAUAAAAUAAAAUAUGCUGUUAUCACUUCCAUCAGACACUACAUUAUCACCAUUUUAACAGAGAUUCAAUGUCAGCUAAUUGAUGUCACUAAUAAUUAUCAUUAUUAUUAUUUUUUUUUUUUUCUAUUUUCAUUGUUGUCACCAUUUACAAAUCGUUUUUUGCUUUGCUGGUCAGCUGUUUACAGCGGGCCUGUACACUGACCAGGUAACAAGGACAAGCACACCGCGCAAAAGAAAUAUAUAUAUAUAAACAUACAUACAUACAUAAGAUAUAUACAUAUAUAUAUAUUAAUAUAUAUAUAUAUAUGUAUACACACACACACAUAAGUCAUAUAUAUAUAUAUAUAAGUUAUAUAUAUAUAUAUAUAUAUAUAUAUAAUAUAAACCCUGACUGCUGCCAAAUAAAAAGAAAAACAGAAGCUGUUGACAAAACAUAAGACAAACAUUCACCUUUUAAACGUGUUUCCAAUGUGAUUACAAAUAACUGUCUCCUGUUCCAAAUGUUCCUGUACCAAAAGAUUACAAAACAGACAAAGGCAUUUUAAAUUCCUGCUGCAGACAAAAAAAUUGGAUAUUAAUCUUUUCUUAUUUAAGAACUCUAUAAAACGCUUUCACCAAACUAAAUAUCACGUGACUAUUUUUCGCUCGCUUUUAUUUUUUUUCUUCUGGUGUAUGUGUGUUUUUGUUUGCGGAGUUUUUUUUUUUGUGUGUGUUUUCUUCUCAAGACUCCCUCCAUUAUGAAGGUGACAUUUGUAUAUUUCUAAACUUAAAAAACAGAAUUU